UAAUUUCCGAUAAAACUCUUCACCUCUAGUAUCACUCUGGCAAGGAGAAGUUAAAGCAAGGAUUGUUGGAUAUCAUCGAGGAAGAAAGGGUUCUAUUUCGAGUUUGAGAAAAAACACGGUAGGAGGGAAAGAUAGGAAGAUGAUGCCGAGAUUGGUAGUACUCCUCCUGGGAUGCUGUCUGGCGGCUGUCGGCUCUAUGGCAGCAGAACAGAUUGAAACCCAGGAUCAGAUUUGGGAAUUCAUGAAGAAAUAUGGCUAUAUCAUGGAGGACGAUAUGGUGAAUGGAAUGCCAAAAGAUGAGGAAACCAAGACAAAGUCCAUUAUAUACUUCCAGAAAAUGGGAAAUAUGACGAUGACAGGAACCCUUGAUGAAGAGUCCAUGGAGCUGAUGAACACACCUCGCUGUGGCAUGACAGACAUGGAAUCCGAUGCCGAUAUGGUGAGAAGAAAACGUUAUGCCUUGGGUCCAAGGUGGACCAAGACCGACCUGACAUGGAAUGUCCUGCAAGACAGCGAUGAUCUAUCCCGUGCUGAUGUAGAGCGUAUCAUGGAACGAGCUUUCAAGGCUUGGAGUGACGUCUCCACUCUAACUUUCCGCAAAGUGACGACGAAUGAGCCCGACAUCAAGAUCAUCUUCGCUGCGAAUGAACACGGGGAUGGGUUCAAUGCCAGAUUCGAUGGUAGUGGUGGUGUUCUAGCGCAUGCGUAUUUUCCCACCUCAAACUUGAUUGGAGGCGACGCUCAUUUCGAUGAGGACGAGACGUACACGGAUGGUACCUCUAGUGGAAUCAAUCUUUUCCAAGUCGCUGCUCACGAGUUCGGUCAUAGUCUUGGUCUCAGACACUCUGAUGUCCAGGAUGCCCUUAUGUACCCAUACUACAGAGGAUACGUAGCAAACUUCCAGCUUCAUCGAGAUGAUAUUGCUGGUAUUCAAGCUCAAUACGGAGAAGGAAACGGGCAGCCAGAAGAGCCAGACACGCCCUCUACGCCGUUGGACAACUGCAUGCCUCAGAUUUCUUGGGCUACACGGACGAGAGAUGGCAGUGCCUACUUUGCUAAUGAAACGCACGUGUUCCGUCGAGCUAGUAAUAACAUGAUUCCUGCCGGCUAUCCGAAGAUGAUAGGUGACGAAUUCCCCGGUCUUCCAACCGACCUAGACGCUGCUUUCUAUUAUUCUCCAUACACUUAUUUUUUCAAGGGAAGUCAAUAUUGGCGGUUUCGAAACCGGGCAAUGGCUGGCACUUAUCCGAGACCGUUAUCCGACUGGCAGGGUCUACCAAAUGAUCUCGAUUCGGCUUACGUAUGGACCCGCAAUGGCGGAAUCUAUUUUACUAAAGGAAAUCAGUACUAUCGCUACAACCGUGGAGUAAGCUCAUACUACCCCCAGCCUUUGAGCCGAUGGGGUGGGCUUCCAAGUGAUGGUGUGGAUGCCGCCUUCCGGUAUAACAACGGUUACACUUAUUUCUUCAAGGGGUCAGAAUAUUACCGGUUCAACGACCGCAAUAUCAAUGUGGCAAGCGGAUAUCCGCGGAAUACGGCUAUCCAAUGGUUAGGCUGUGAUCCGAAUGAGCUUUUCCUCGGACCAACCGCGGAUACCGGAGGCGAUGCGACCGCGGAUACCGGAGGCGAUGCGACGGUGAUGGUUCCUUCCAUGGUUGCUGUCUUCUUCUCUGCUCUUUCCGCUCUUUAUUAUGCUUUUUAAAAUCCUUUUUAGAAUUAGAGUGCAUAAAGUUUCAGCACCAAUCAAAGUGAAAACAUUCGAAUCAUAUUUGUAUAUCGUACAUUAGCUUCUCUUCCAUUCUCAUUCCAUCCUUUUUGUGUUCAUCACGAAAUGAGACCUCCCAAACCUCAUAUUAUCAAAUAUUCAGCUAAUUAGACGUUUGAUUCCCCCUCCCCCUCUCUUUCUCUCUCUCUCUCUCUCUCUCUUUCUCUCUCUUUUUCUCUCUUUCUCACUCUUUCUCUUUCUGUCUUUCUUCCCAUACCACCAAAUAACAAGUCAUGUCUCAUUUUAACCAUUGAAUCAAAUCUCAAUUGACUUCUCUAGCUUGACACUAGACACUACAAGAAAAAAAAAAUCCUUUCUUUAAAAAUUAAUAAUGAUUAUAAAUUGUAAUUGUCGCAUCAAUGCUCUCACGAGGGAUGGUAGGAACAUAGUUAGAAAUAUUUGAUGGGUAAGCUAUAUACCCCUGUAUCAAGUGCUCGAGAUCAGUAAGCAAUAUAUUCUUUCAAGGCUGCCAUGAAGCGUAAAUAUUAUUAUCAGCAUACAUGUCAUAAUUAAUAAGCGCUCCAAACACAUGCACAUAACAUAGAUCAAACGCUUCACAAAAGACACACACUAACACAAUAUACACAUUACACAAUACAGACACUUAACUCAUUUCAUGUUAUUUCUGAAAAACUGAUUUACUUCACUGUGUGGCUGUUACAAUUAAUCUGUUUCUGAUUAUACUAUAUGCAAUAGGUCACCCAUAUAGGUUCCUUUCCUGAGGCCGCCAUCGCGUUUAAGAUUAGCUUAAGAUGGCGGUCUCCUGCGUUUUUCAAUUUUGAAGUCAUUUGUCAAUUGUGUUUUUUGUUAA